AUGCCCAACAUGCUUUCAAGACUUGGAAUGGAUACAAAGGAGCUUUCCUCACAGAUUUGCAAAGGUCCUAUUUAUGUCCCACCACCACGCCCAAGCUAUUCACAACACCAUCCAUCAUCACCAGACAUAAACAAGACACCACUUUUCCCAAGGGAGAGCUACCAAGCUGCGCGCCAAACCAAGAUUGAAGAUAUGCUUCAAGAGUACUUGAGAAAUCAAGAAGAGAGUACAAAGAAGAUGGAGAGAAGAAUCGAUUUCAUCCAUGAGAGCCUUGGAAACAAAUCUGAAGUCCUAUUCAAGCAAGUGAUCAAGCUUGAUGAAGACAUUAAGAAGUUAAGAGAGGAUCAUGAUCGAUCUUUGACCCUAGUUAAGCUUGAUGUUGCUUCCAAAUAUCAAGAGUUGCUGAACAAGAGCAUGAGAAUUGAAGAUACUAGCUAUGGCAAUAGCAAACAUCUUGGAUCAAUCUACAACCGCCUACAAGCCCUUGAAGGAUCAUCUCAUGCCAAUUACAAGAGAGAGAGGAGUCCAACACCCAACCACCCUCCCUUUUAUUGCAAUGCCAUCACAAGAAGAAGCACUACUCAAGUCCAUGAGGACAAUGAAGAAGAAGAAAGAGAGUAUGAGGAACAAUUGAAUGAUGAAGAUGAAGAGCAGAGCAUCGACAUCAAUGCUUCCCCAAAACAGAGCAUGGAUACACCAAGCCCUAGAGACCCUCGUUUCUCACCAAGAAGUCAAGCUUCUACACUUCCAAGACUGGAAGCAAUGCAAAGACCAUCACCACCUACUGAAGAAGAAGAUACUUGGCAGUAUGAUCCCAUUGAUCCCAACAAGAUAAGCCCCAUGAAGCUUAAAGAGUUCAAUGCUAAGGUGAAAUCACUUCCAUUCUAUGUCACUUUUGAAGAAGCUUGGGAUAAACAUGGUCUAGUGGAGUUCUUUUUCACAACUAGUGAAAACAAAGAAGAGAUACACCAACUUUUCAGGAAGGCACGAUUUCCCAUUGCCCCUCAUGGAGUCAAUCAACCACCAUCACCACCAUCAUCACCACCACCCAGUGCCAGCAUGAGACUACCCAUUCAGGACAUCAAAGAGCUUUUUGAGAAAGCUAAAGUUCAGCCAACCUUCAAGACCCUCUACAAGAUUGAAGACCCAGGUCAAUUCUCUAUUCCCUGUCAAGUAAAUGGUCAUUACUUUGAUAGAACACUAUGCGAUUCUGGCUCUUGCAUAAACCUCAUGCCAACCCAAACCGCCAAACUCCUUGGCAUCACACGCUUGCAACCUGCUCAAAUUAGUAUUGGACUUGCUAACCAUACUAUAGCCAAGCCAAGAGGAGUUGUUGUUGAUGUUCUUCUAGAGAUUGGAGAUAUCAAGAUCCCGGUGGACUUUCAUGUCAUAAACAUUCAAGGAGGAUGUGACACACCAUUGAUACUAGGCCGACCCUUUUUGGCCACUGCUGGAGCUGUCAUGGACCUUCCAAACCGGCGAAUGUCCUUAGCCAAUGUUGACAAGACAGUCUUUUACAAGACCAUACCAUUCAUCUCACCAAACAAGCUGUCUUACCUCAUCACUGCCCAAGGCCGCCCAAGAGAGCCACCAGACCACACUCAAGGUCACAAUGAGACAAGAACUAAAAGACUAUGUCUCAGGCCGUGCCCUUACCCCAUCUCCAACUAA